AUGUCCUGCCGCUAUGUGUCGAAACUGAGUUGCGAAGAGAAGCGAGCGCAAUAUGAUCUGAGUAACUCACAGGAAACAUGGCAGGGACUGCGUGAUGAAGCAGUCAAUAUCGGCAGCCAAUUUGUCAAUUAUGAGUUGGAGGCCACUCAGAUCAAAGAGCGGAUACAUGAUCUGUGGGAUGAACUCAUCCAUGCGGCAAUAGCCAUUCCGACAGGAGGCGCGGAACACGACCGUUUGGUGACUUUGGUGUUGAGUACGCGUGAAAUGGGCGUUCUGGCUCGCAGGGGGGGAUCAACCAUUUUGCACGAAACCUCGUAUGGCGAAGAAGCGAUUCUACCCAAUGGUCAGCGACUAUGGAUAGAUCUCCCCUACUUUAUCGAGGACGUCCAGGCUUUCUGGACACAAGAAUCGGUGUUUCUUGCCGCCUCAAAGCGGGAGAAUCUAGCCACAUGGACGGCAAAAUUAUGUGCAGCCGGUGUCUUUGCAAACGAGCUGAGUAGCGUGGCGCUGUGGCUGUUCAAGGAGACUUUCGAGAUCUUCAGGCGAUCGGAUAAGUCGGAAGCCGGCGGCAAUGCUGAACAAAUCUCCAUGAUCGAGCUGUUACCUGCCUGUACGGCUUGGAUGCAAUUUAAUAAUUUUAAAUUGGUGAAAUUCGCGGUGGCCAAUCGUGAAUCACAGUCUGCGAACGAAAAGAGUCUAGGGGCGUUAACACUGCCGGGUGAACUAGCCAAGAACGCGCAAAUACCGACGAACGGGUUUAGCAUCCCAAGGUGGGUCUUUUGGAGGCAGCGACUGAAAGACCUCCACGAGGGUGGAGAUGCACAGAUGAUGAAGAUGACAAGAGCCUGUUUCGAGGCAAUGAUAUUGACGGGAAUACACAUCGGGGUUGCUGUGCCAGGAGAGAGGAGGUACCUGAAUAAUUUAUUUCGGGCACUCGAUGAGGAGCUGGCGUCACGAGAGGUGAAAACUUCGAUUGGCCCUGAAGAUAUUGCUAUUGAUAUGAAGUGGGCCGAAUCGGACGAAGAGAAUGCUUAG